ACCAGUUUCCUUAGUUUGGGCGAGUGUUUUACAUUGCAAAACACGAAAUACAAUUUCUAACUAAAAAAUCUAUACCGUCCAAAAUUUCUUCAGCAUGUCAGAUAACAAUGAUUUAUCCCCAGGAAUUUAUUCUGCUCACUAUAGACCGUCCAUAUGGCUUUUUGCACAUUCGUCAAUGCAUAGCUUAGCUAAAAAAAUUGAAGAACUCUGUGAAAAGAGGAAAUCUUCGCAUGUACCGAAAAUUGAUAAAGGUACCAUAGAGAGACGAUCUGUCAAGUUUAAGAAUAUCAUUGAGUGGGUUCCUUUUGAUGACGGUUUUCCGAAUCUGUUCAUAGAGGAAGUAAAAGAAAUGGCUGGAAGGGAUAUCAUUUUUCUUGCGAGUUUCCAUGACCCAGCCGUUAUCUUUGAACAACUAGGAGUAAUAUAUGCACUACCCAAAUAUAUGGCUAGAUCUUUAACCGUAAUUGUUCCAUAUUUUCCCACUGGAACGAUGGAAAGAGUUGACAGAGAGGGACAAAUAGCUACUGCUAAGACAUUGGCAAAUAUGCUAUCUAGCACACCCCUUUCAUCAAGAGGACCAACUCAGCUGCUUAUUUUGGACAUUCAUGCUCUUCAAAUACGGUUUUAUUUUGGAGACAGUACCAUACCUCGUUUAGAGACGGGCAUUCCCUUGCUAACGAGAGAACUAAGAAAAAUGAAAAUGGAGGGUCAAAGUUGUGGAAAAUCUUAUAAUUUUGCAAUUGCAUUCCCAGACGAUGGAGCUUGCAAACGUUUCAGAGGAAUAUUUGAUGAUAAUUUUCCUUUGCCAAUAAUUAUUUGCAAUAAGAUAAGGGAAAAGGACAAGAAGAUAGUGACUAUUAAAGAAGGAGAUGGUAAAGAUGCUGAUGUUAUUAUAGUUGAUGAUUUAGUUCAGAGUGGAGGAACCUUAAUAGAGUGUGCAAAGGUUUUAAAAGCCAAAGGAGCAAGGUCAAUUCGAGCUUAUGUUACUCACGCUGUUUUCCCAAAGAAGUCUUAUGAAAAAUUUAUAGGAAAUCGCAGCGGUAUCGAAUUUGACACGUUCUGGAUAACGGAUACAAUUCCACACGCCAGUGAAAUUGCAAAGAACGAACCAUUCAAGAUUUUAUCGAUUUGCGAUGUAAUAGCCGAUACUCUUCUAGGUUUCGAUAUGCUUCUGGCAUAA